AUGGUGGCAUACUGCAAUGAAUUCCGCAAACUCGAAGACAAGUUCGACAGACUAGAACUCAACCAUGUUGCAAGGCAAUUUAACGAGGCAGCUGAUGAACUAGCAAAGGUGGCAUCCGGCCGAAAGCCCGUCCCCAACAGCGUCUUCGUCAGUGACCAAUACAAGACCUCGAUCCGUUACAACGAGCCGGGAAGGGUCGGUGAUGCGCCACCUGUCCCGGACUCGGGAGCCGACCCGGGAGAGGUUGGCAGCACGCCACCUAUCGCGGACUCGGGCGCCGACCCUGGAAAGGUCGGCAACUCGCCACCUGUCCUGGACCCAGAGGCCGAUCCCUCUGACCCCGAGGUCAUGGAGAUCGACACGAACCCAGCAGAGGGGCUCGACCCGCCGUCUGACUGGAGAGCCCCAUACCUCGACUACCUCGUUCGCGAGUUGCUCCCAACUGACAAGAUGGAGGCACGAAGAAUUGCACGCCGUGCCAAAUCCUUUGUCAUCAUCGACCAGGAGCUAUACAAGCGGAGUCACACCGGCAUCCUCCAGCACUGCAUCCCGAUCGAGCAGGGAAAUACGUUGAUAUAG